GUGCUGAUGAAUUGAGGCUGUCAAAUGGAACUGGCCCCUGCUCUGGGAGAGUGGAAGUAAAACAUGAGGAGCAGUGGGGAACUGUGUGCGAUGGUGACUGGACCAUAGAAGAUGCUGAGGUUGUUUGUAAGCAACUACAAUGUGGAUCUGCUGUUCAGGCCCUUAAUCGAGCUCCUUUUGGAGAAGGAUCUGGACCAACGUGGUUGUAUCGAGUUGACUGUCGUGGUGAUGAAUCCACUCUCUGGAACUGCUCACAUACAGGAUGGGGUUCUUUUACCUGCCCUCAUUACUUUGAUACUGGAGUGAUCUGCUCAGGUUUUUCUGGGCUGCGUUUGAGUGGAGGGGACACUGCCUGCUCAGGACAUCUGAAAGUAAAGCAAGAAGAAACUUGGGCUACGGUCUGUUUUUCACACAUUGAUUUCAAAACUGCCUCUGUUAUAUGUAAUGAGUUAGAGUGUGGCCAGGCUGUGGAUAUCUUGAGAGAAACUCACUUUGGAGACAGACAUGAACUGAUCUGCUAUGGUGGGUACAGGCUGGCAAAUGGCAGUACCACAUGUUCAGGGAGAGUAGAGCUUCUUCAUGGAGGCACGUGGGGAACUCUGUGUGACUAUCUGUGGGAUUUACCAGCUGCCAAUGCCCUCUGCCAACAGCUGGACUGUGGAGUUGCCCUACUGAUACCAGGUGGACAAUCCUUCGGGAGAGGAAAUGGAUCUGUCUGGAAUGGCACAUUCAGCUGCAAGAAGAAUGGCUCACACCUGAGAGACUGUUCUGUGAGUGUGCUAGGUCAUGAUGAAUGCCCUGCUGGAAAAGAUGCACGUGUGGUAUGUUCAGGGUGCGCAGGGGGCAGGUUGGUGAAUGGCACCACGUGCUCUGGCAGAGUGGAGAUCCGCCAUGGAGACACAUGGGGAAGACUCUGCCGCUCUCACUGGAAUUUGCAAGCUGCCAAUGUUCUCUGUCAUCAGCUGAACUGUGGCUAUGCAAAGUCAAUCCAGACAGGAGACCGUUUUGUGGACGGGAAUGGGCCUGUAUGGAGAGAUGCUUUUCACUGUGAAGGGACAGAGUCCUGCCUGUGGGACUGUGGUCAAGUGACUUUGGGCAAUCCAACCUGUUCGGCCAGAGAAGCAGCCACUGUUAUUUGCUCAGGUCUUGCUGAAUCACUCAGACUCUCAGGUGGUGAGAGCCGCUGUGAUGGGCGAGUUGAAAUCUCUCUCAAUGGCAUGUGGAACAGAGUCCUGGAUGAUGACUGGGACAUUAAGGAUGCUCAUGUAGUAUGCAGACAGCUCCAGUGUGGAAUUGCCGAGAAAGCCUAUUACAUUCCAAGGUCUGAGCGAGGCACUGGUCUUGUGGGCUUAAGAAGUGUCCAGUGUGCUGGAAAUGAGACUCAGCUAAUGCUCUGUAAGACCUCCCAUUCUCAGACAGUGCCAACGGGAGUUGCUGAAGAUGUUGGUGUGAUUUGCUCAGGAAGCAGACAGAUCAGGCUGGUGAAUGGAACAAAGCGCUGUGCUGGGAGAGUAGAGCUUUAUCAUGAUGGCGUCUGGGGCACCAUCUGCGAUGAUAAAUGGGAUCUAUCAGAUGCUAAUGUUGUUUGCAAACAGCUGGGAUGUGGACAUGCCAUCAAGGCAUUUGUCUCUGCUUAUUAUGGCCAAGGCUCAGGACAGAUCUGGCUGGAUGAUGUGAACUGCACCGGGGCUGAAUCUGAUCUCUGGGCAUGUCCCUCUAGGGCAUGGGGCCAGCACAACUGCCAACACAAAGAGGAUGCUGGAGUCCUGUGCUCAGAGUUCCUGGCUCUGAGGCUGGUAAAUGGCACUGACUGUGCUGGGCGGCUAGAAGUUUUCUACAAUGGGACAUGGGGGAGCAUUUGCUCCAAUCGUAUGUCUCAACGCACUGCAAUAACUGUAUGCAAACACCUGAACUGUGGAGAUGGCGGGGAAAUCGCAAGAGACUUCAAAUAUGGCAGCGGUUCUGGGCCCACAUGGCUGGACCACGUUGAGUGCACUGAGCGACAUAGCUCUCUCUGGCAAUGUCAGUCAGACCCCUGGGAUCCUCAGUCAUGUGAUAACCGAGCAGAAGAGACUCAUAUUUCUUGCACUGACAGGGAGAAGUUACGAGUCAUAGGAGGAGAGGAUGGAUGUUCAGGCAGAGUGGAGAUUUGGCAACACGGUUCUUGGGGAACAGUCUGUGAUGAUUCCUGGGACAUGGCAGAUGCUAAUGUUGUAUGCAGGCAGCUGGGUUGUGGAUCUGCUCUGUCUGCUCUGCAUGAAGCUGCCUUUGGGGAAGGGACUGGUCCCAUCUGGUUGGAGAAGGUGCACUGCAAAGGAACAGAGCUGUCUUUUUGGGACUGUCCUGUCAAUCCCUUGUUCAGCAAAAACUGUGACCAUAAGGAAGAUGCUGCUGUGAAUUGCUCCGGUAUGACAGAAACAACAGCAUCACCCACUAGAGCAGGCUCCAGACUAUCCUACGACCCCUUCUCUGAGGCUGUCUAUGAAGAGAUUGACUAUAACCUGAUGAGGGAAAAGCAGGGCAUGACCGGCUUCUCAGAUUCUUAUUCAGAGAGUUCAAAAGCAAAGGCACAGUUUUAUAGCAGGGACAGUGAUGAAGAAAAUGGUCCUGGAACAACUCAAGUUAAUACCUGUAAUGUUCCAGAGGUCUCUCCACUGCCUGGAAAUGCCCUGGAAGAUGGUUAUGAUGAUGUGACAGAAGUUCCUGGACCUAAAGAUGCUUCUCUUUCUGGGCAGAAUGAACAGGAAAUCACUGGGAUCCCUGAAGAAAGUGACAGAAACAAGGAUUCACAGACAG